CCAGUAUUGAUUUCUCCUGGCCAACUUGACAGUUUAUUCGGCGUAAUGUAGCGUUGUAAAGAGAAAUGCAGAGGCAUCUUCAAUACAACAGAAACGAAUUGUGAUAAUUAUUAAAAACAAAAAGUUUAUUUACUUUGUUAUAAAAAAAGUUGUGAAAAAACUAAAAGUGUUUAAAAAUAUUUCUUUACCUGAUUGCGCAACGACAUAUAUUCAACAUAUUUAAUAAUAUACAUCAUAACUCUUAUUUUCAUAAUAAUUUAAGUAUAAUAAAACAUAAAUAAAAUCACCAUGCCCAUAGUUAUCAACGAAAAUAAUGGCGUUUUAUCAAUCGUCUGUUUUAUGGGGAUACUAGUUCUUGGUAUGGUUUAUUAUAAAAUAUAUUAUCCAGAAGUUAUAAAUGAAACAUUUGAAAACAACUUAAAUGAUUCAAACAAAAAUGUCCUUUACAGUACUGAAACCGACAAAGGAAACAUAUCCCAUGGAAGUACGAGUGUCAAAAAGGUGCAUCUAACGAACAUUUCACAAAUAACUUGCAGAGAAAAAGAUAAAUCAGCUGAAUUAGAUAAUAUCUGUAAAGAGUAUAUGAAGAAAAGAUUAACAUGUAAGCCACAAGACAUUUUAAAUCCGGCCAUGCAUAAACUACCAAAAUAUUACAAACAUGGACUCAAAAAUUCGUCAAAUGACACUCAAAAUACAAUUGUAAAUUACAUAAUAGCAGCUCUUAUUAUAACGUCAUUAGGAGCAGCCAUAUUAGAGUUUUACAGAGCAAAAAUUUACACUCCUGCACAAAAUGGACGCAAAGGCUUGAAACCUCCUUUAAAUAGAAAGUGCUCCUUAGCCGACCUCACUGUCCUAAAGCAUCACAGAAAAGAGUUGGUAAGACGAGAAAGCAUACUGGAACACCAUUUUGAAAGUAAAGAUGAAGAUUUGACAACAAUGAAGUUCCAGGGAUCCACACCAUCUCCGCUUCACCGUAGAUGCUCAUUUCCAGUUAAUUUUCCUUCAAAUGAUUUAUGUAGAAGCGGGCUAAAUAGUCCUUCUAGGAAAAUGUCCGUUACAGCUGAUGCAAGUCGAAGGUAUUCAAUGCUAAAUUCAGUAAUAAAUAUAGGAGGUCGUAAACUGUCCAUGGUGGCAGAUGGUUAUGGAGAAGAUAUAUGGAAAAAUGGUAGCUAUUGCGAAGAUUCUUCUCCCGAAAGAAAACAUCAUUCCAGGCUUGUGCAUAGGCACUGAUAUUAUUCGAUACAAAAAUAAUUAUUAUAACUUAUUUUACUGUAUUUUUAAAAGUAGCGCACGUUUAAAUUUAUGGAUUUAAUCACAAAUAAAAAUGUAAAUGAUCAA